AGCCAAUGUCCGACAGCCGGAGCUCAACAUGCAGGAUAAACACAGAGUGAUCCUCACUGCCAGACGACCGCGGACUGACGGUGCUUCCCGUCCCAUUGUUUGAGACGUGCAGACGUACAGCCGGCCUCUUGUAGCACUAUAGGGAAAUCCAAGAUGGGAAAGGAUCCAAGGAAGCCGAGAGGCAAAAUGUCCUCAUAUGCGUACUUUGUGCAGACAUGCAGAGAGGAGCAUAAGAAGAAGCAUCCCGAUGCCUCUGUCAACUUUGCAGAGUUCUCCAAGAAAUGCUCAGAGCGUUGGAAGACAAUGUCACCGAAAGAGAAAGGCAAGUUUGAAGAUAUGGCCAAACAAGAUAAGGUCCGUUACGAGAGGGAAAUGAAGAAUUACAUUCCCCCCAAGGGCCAGAAGAAGAAGCGAUUCAAGGACCCCAAUGCCCCCAAGAGACCACCGUCUGCAUUCUUCCUAUUCUGUGCUGACUUUCGCCCCAAGGUUAAAGGCGAGAAUCCUGGACUCUCCAUUGGGGACACAGCAAAGAAGUUGGGAGAGAUGUGGAACAGCUCAUCAGCCGAGGACAAGCAGCCCUAUGAGAAGAAGGCUGCCAAGCUGAAGGAGAAAUAUGACAAGGAUAUCGUCGCCUACCGCACGAAGGGCAAAGUGGAUUCAGAAUCAGCUGCUACAGCAGAUGAUGAUGAUGAGGAAGAGGAUGAAGAGGAGGGCGAGGAGGAGGAGGACGAUGAUGACGAUGAUGAGGAUGACGAGUAGAUUGCACAGGGAUGGGACCUGAAGUUUUGUUUAUGCCAUAUAACCCUAAUAUACUCAAUUCACCAUCUCGAAACAAAAGUCAGACGGAACAAGAACAUGUGUAUAUUUAAUGUUUUUAAGAUGUACAGUGUUAUUCUCCUUUUUUUGUAAAGUUAACACUACAUAUCUUAAGUUUGAGAUUUUCUAGUGGUAGUUCUUUAUCCUCGCCAUAUUACGUAACAAUUUAGAAGGACUGCAGAUCAGUAUGAAAGUAACUAGUCUUUAGGUGUUGCAACUCAAAAAUGAGAUUUCUGAGUUGGUAGUGUAUUUUUAUUUUGAAAAAUAUUUUUUUAUGUGAUGUCCCAAUGUCUUUUUAUUCUUUGAAUACCACUCUAAUAUCAAAUGCAGCUGUCGACAUUCAAGAAUGUCUUCAAUAAAGGUCGUUUUUCU